AUGGUGUAUCCAGAGCUGGAAGAAUUGUCAGAUUUGGAUGAGUUUGGUUCAGAAGUCGAUCUUGGCAAUCCCUGUGUUUUGGCAGAGUCUCCACAAACCUCAGAUGCAGAAUCUUUCACUUCGGAUAUAUUUGAUAUAGGACGAGUUCCUACUAACAAAUCAGUAUUAUACUCUGAUCCUGAGCAACGUCCGCCGAUAUUCAAAUCAACUUUCCAAGAGUAUAUAUGUGUUGCUGUACUCACCUUUGCCCCUGCCGCUGCUACAAUGGCUUCUUCUUCUUUCCGGACAUCUCUUCAAGCUACGUCCCAAUUCUUCAAUGUGGACGGUGGCAUAUUGAGCUGGUGUGUCAACAGUGUUAUGCUUGCUAAUGGUGCCUGCUUGUUGUUGACAGGAGGAAUGGCAGAUGCUCUUGGGAGACGUAACUCGUUGAUUAUUGGUUACUUUUCCUAUGCUGUAUUUUCGUUGAUUGCAGGCUUCAUGAACAAUUUUGUAGUUUUAUGCAUACUGCGCGCUCUUAUGGGUGCUGCUGUUGCAUGUGCAACCCCUGCAGCUGCAGGGUUUCUUGGAUCCACCUACAGAGAUUCCAAGAGGAAGAAUAUGGUUAUGAGUAUCUUCUCACUUGGAGCUCCUGUUGGCGGUGCUUCCGGCUUCUUCAUUGCCGGCGUUUGUAUUGAGGCGUUCAACUGGCGUGCUGUGCAGUAUUUCAUUGCAAUUCUUUUUUGUCUUUUAUCGAUUUUUGUCGUGUUCUUCAUGCCUGAUGAUGAGACCCGUAUGCAGUGGGACCGUGCCGGACAGAUUUUUAGGCAUUUGGAUUAUGGAGGCGCUCUCAUCUCUCUGACAGCAUUCACUCUCAUUUGCUUUUCUCUUUCUCAGGUGGAUGCCACUGCGGAUGGUUGGCGGACUCCUUACAUCAUUGCUCUUCUUGUUGUAGGUCUAGCGUUGAUUCCAUUGUUUGUGAUCUACGAAAUACACGUUCCCAAGGAAUCUCUUAUGCCGAUGAUCCUCUAUGAGAGUAAGAAUUUUGAUCUCUGUAUGAUCAUUUCAGCUUUCUCUUGGAUGAACUUUCAAGGCAUAUUGAACUACUACUCCAUUAUUUACUUUGAGAUGAUUCGUGGCUAUUCGGCCAUUAUAACAGCUUGCUGUAUGCUUCCGCAGCCUUUUUGUGGUGUUCUUUUCAACAUAUUUGCUGGUUUAAAUAUGCACAGGAUUCCUGGUCGCAUUUUGGUCUUCGUCGGAUGUCUAGGUUUCCUUGCCUCUAGUAUCAUUUGGGCUACCCUUCCGAUAGACCGAAACUACUUUUUAGGACCUUUUUGGGCUUUUUUAAUUAGUGUUUUGGGAGCGGAUUUUAUAUACAACGUUGCCAAUCGUUGCUCGUUGGGCCUCGUUGAGAAAGAAGCUCAGAGUAGAGCUGCAGGUACUUUUAAUACUAUCAUUCAAUUGGCCUCGUCGGUGGGUUUGGGUCUUUCAAGUACAAUUGUUUCUUCAAAAUAUAGUCUUUAUGGUACAGCCCAGGAAUAUGAUCACAAGGAAGAGUUAUGGAAUGCUAUUGGAUACGCCUUUUACUUUGGCGUUGCAUUGUCAGGAGUUUCUUUGAUCCUCAGUUUGUUUUUGCAGAUUGGCGUCGUUGGUGCCAUUACUGGAUCAGACAAGGACGAUGAUGAAAAGAGGAAAGAACAGCAGCACAAACAAGUUGAAGUUACUGACUCUGUUCCUGCUCUCUGCACAGAAAAUGCGAUCAAUGAAAAUGUACCUAAUCAUACCAAUCACACUGCUCCAUGA